CCAAGAUGGCGGCCUCCAGAGGAGGGAACGUGGACGGCGGCGGCCGGAGCCGGGAGGCCGGGGACGAGGGAUGGUUUGUGACGCUGGCCUUCGGGGUGUCCCUGCUGAAAUGUCUCCUCAUACCGACCUAGUUCAGCAACUUGAACUGCGGUUGCGGGGGGGGGGAUUUAGGUCUUGUGGCUGUAAUACUCAUACAGUGCUCAUUUCAAUCAACUUUAUGUAUAAAAAAGAAAUAUGGACAAACCCUUAAAAAAAAAAAAAAAAAAACAACUCUGUUUUAGUUUCUGUGAGUCACUCCACAGAUUUCGAGGUCCACAGAAACUGGCUGGCGAUCACCCACAGUUUGCCCGUAUCUCGGUGGUACUAUGAGGACUUCCCCUUUAAGACCCUGGACGGUUGCUGCCCUCGUGCUUUUGGCCUUUAAUUUCUGUCCGCCAGGGUUUCAGCUCCGGUCCUCGGGACCCACCUACCGGUCAUGUUUUCAGCAUUUCCUUAGUAUUGAGCAGGCGACUUCGGAGUGGACGUUGGAUUACCCCCCAUUUUUUGCGUGGUUUGAAUAUGCCCUGUCCUACGUGGCUCGGUACUUUGAUCCGGAAAUGCUGAAUGUGGAGAACCUCAGCUACGCCAGCCAGAAUACCAUCCUUUUCCAGAGGUUCUCAGUCAUCCUCACCGAUGUCCUCUUCAUCUAUGCCGCCAAACAGUGCUGCCAGUGCCUCAGUGACAAAAAAGAUCGGAGGGAUUUGCUGGAGAGACCGUCGUUCAUCCUCGCCGUCCUUCUCCUCUGGAACUUCGGCCUGCUGAUUGUAGAUCAUAUCCACUUUCAGUAUAAUGGCUUCCUCUCCGGGAUCAUGCUUCUGUCCAUUGCCCGCAUGUUUCAGAGGAGACACCUGGAGAGCGCCCUCCUCUUCGCUGUCCUCCUGAACUUCAAACACAUCUACCUGUACAUCGCCCCGGCGUACGGCAUCUACCUAUUGCGGUCUUACUGCUUCACGGCAAAUAAUCCAGAUGGAUCGAUACGCUGGAGAAGCUUCAGUCUCCUGCGCUUCCUCGCUUUGGUCAUCAUAGUUGUCUUUGUUUUAGCUGUUUCUUUUGGACCCUUUAUAUACUUGGGUCAAAUUCCUCAGGUCCUUUCCCGGCUUUUCCCCUUUAAGAGAGGCCUCUGCCACGCGUACUGGGCUCCGAACUUCUGGGCAUUGUACAACGGCGCCGACAAAGCCCUGUCUGCUAUCGCCGUUAAGAUGCAGCUGCUGAAUCCUGCUUCGGUCCGCACAGGCUCCAUGACCGGGGGUUUGGUCCAGGAGUUUGAGCACAGCGUCCUGCCGUCCGUCACGCCCAUGGCGACUUUAAUCUGCACCGUCCUGUCUAUACUGCCCUCGGUUGUGUGUUUGUGGUUUAGACCCCAAGGACCCCGAGGCUUCUUACGCUGCCUGAUCCUCUGCGCCCUCAGCUCCUUCAUGUUUGGCUGGCAUGUACACGAGAAGGCGAUCCUCCUGGCGAUUUUACCCCUAAGUUUGCUGGCAGUCAGCAGUGCAAAGGAUGCUGGGAUAUAUCUGAUUCUGACGACUGUGGGUCAUUUCUCAUUAUUUCCUCUUCUCUUCACUCCUCAAGAGCUGCCUCUUAAGAUUCUGCUGAUGGCGAUCUUCACCGUGUUCAGCUUCAGCUCCCUGAAGGCUCUGUUCAGGAAAGAAGGGAGGCUCCUGACCUGCCUGGAAUCAUUCUACGUCUAUGGCCUCAUCCCCCUGGAGUUACUGUGUGAGAUCGUUUACCCGCUGACCGCCUGGCAGCAGCGCCUGCCCUUCGUCCCCCUGCUGCUGACCUCGGUGUACUGCGCCCUGGGCAUCGCCUACUCCUGGAUCAGACUUUAUAUUUCCACGGUCAGAGGACCAACAGUGACUCUCAAGAAACGCCAGUGACUACCCGUCCAGAUCCGCCGGGGACCAAGAUGGAAGAGAAACCUAUUUUUUUAAGGUGUCGAAUGUAAAAUCAAAGCUUGUUUCCUUUUUGUAUAAUAAAAUUAAAAAAACUUUA